CUUGUGCGGGAUUGCGCGCUCGGUAGGACUCGUAUGGGUACGGAAAGUCAGAGCAGGGGAUUUGUGGAUCACUUGUCAAACUCGUGAGCAAUCUCGUGUCUGAGAUCACGAUAAUACAGAAAUGUCGGGAGAUAACGAAGAAACACAAACGGCCGAGGAGACAGCAGUGGACGAGAAGGAGAUUCAGGACAAGGUGAUCAGUCCUGAGAAGGCAGAGGAGGCCAAACUGAAGGCAAGAUAUCCAAAUUUAGGAAACAAACCUGGGGGCUCUGAUCUGCUUCGCAAACGCCUCCAGAAGGGGCAAAAAUACUUUGACUCUGGUGACUACAACAUGGCUAAAGCGAAGAUAAAGAACAAGCAGUUGCCGACAGCUGCACCAGAGAAGACCGAGAUCACAGGGGACCACAUCCCCACCCCCCAGGACCUGCCCCAGAGGAAACCUUCUCUGGUGGCCAGUAAACUGGCAGGCUGAUGCACACACAGCCUCGACAGCCCCUACUGCACCUCUCAGCCCUAACCCUAUCCACUCAAGUGUCAGACCUGUAACAUUAUCUCCCCCACCCCUCACAAUACCACCUGUCCCCUCCCCACCAGCCUGGACCCCACCCAUGAGGAACCCACACCUAGCACCCAGCAAACCUGCUAACUGAUACCUUAAUAUCCUGUUUUAUUUUUGUUUCCAUCCCAUCUGGCCCUGUCUUUAAUACCUCUUGUCCAUGUUUUUGUCUUUCACAACUCCCCCAAACUGACUGCCCUUCUGUCAGUGUCCUCUCGCAUUUCCAUGUUCUUUUUUAUUUUCUCUUUACUUCCAUGUAAGAUACGUUGAAAGACAGGACAUCCAAGUGUGUGUAUGACGAGCGGACUGCUCGACUGAUGGACGACUGAUUCCACGGUGUUUACUGGCUGAAGAGAGGGACGAGCAGCAUAAGCUGUGUCUUGUAUGGUUGGAGGGCUUUAGUAUGGUCAUCAGUCCAUCAGUUUGGAAGUGUGUAUAUACGUAUAUAUAUUUCCUUUUGUUUGGCACAGGGGCAGACAUCAGCCUUUUAGAGCAUUUUACAACCCUGAUUCCAAAAAAGUUGGGACAGAAUGUGAUAAUUUACUAAUCCUUUUUGACAUCUACUCGAAUGAAAUACAAAGACAAUUCUUUUUGACCUCAUUAACUUCAUUGAUUUUUGUGAAUAUCUGCUCAUUCUGAAUUUGAUGCAGCAAAUUCAAACAAGUUGGGACAGGAGCAACAAAAGACUGUAAAAGUUGUGGAACGCUUCAAAAACACCUGU